AUGGAAGGGCGCUUCGCCGUGAACCUUUUGCUCCUGUGCCUGAGCCCAGCCCUGCUCUCCGCGGUCCGCAUCAGCGGGGACGGCCAGGAGGUCCUGUACCUGGCCGAAGGGGACAAUGUCCGCUUGGGCUGCCCCUACAUGCUGGACCCCGAGGAUUAUGGCCCCAACGGGCUGGACAUCGAGUGGAUGCAGCUCAACUCGGAUCCUUCGCACCGGGAGAACGUGUUCCUCAGCUACCAGGACAAGCGCAUCAACCAGGGAAGCCUCCCGCACCUGCAGCAGCGAGUCCGCUUCGCCGCCCCAGACCCCAGCCAGUACGACGCCUCCAUCAACCUCAUGAACCUGCAGGUCGCCGACACGGCCACCUACGAGUGCCGGGUCAAGAAGACCACCAUGGCCUCCCGCAAGGUCAUCGUCACCGUCCAAGCGAGGCCCGCGGUGCCCGUGUGCUGGACCGAGGGCCGCAUGAGCUACGGCAACGACCUGGUGCUGAAGUGCUUUGCCAACGGAGGCACGCCUCCCCUGGCCUACAAAUGGACUAAGCUGAGUAGCACCACCCACCCCUACCGUGCCGGAUCCUACCACUCCCAGCACAGUUACCACUCCGAGGUUUCCUACCAGGAGUCCUACCACACCUCCAUCUCCAGCGGCUCCGGACUCAGCAACGGAGACCUCGUGCUGAAGGACAUCUCGAAAGAAGACAACGGCUUGUAUCAGUGCACCGUGGCCAACUACGUGGGCUACAGCGUGUGCGUGGUGGAAGUCAAAGUCAAAGAUGCCCGGCGAGUGGGCAUGAUCAUCGGAGCCGUGCUGGGCUCCCUCCUCAUGCUGGCCUGCCUCUUCCUUGGAAUCUGGGGUCUCGUCUGCUGCUGCUGCGCCGGGGCCGGCGGCGGCCGAGGCAACGGCUUCGGCUUCGGCAACGGCGGCGGGGUCGGGGGCGGUGGCCCCUGCGAUCUGGCCAGCGAAAUCAGAGAGGACGCCAUGGCGCCUUCGUGCUCGUCCGGCGGGCGAGGGGGCGGCCUCCCCCGCCUCCUGGGUUACCCCACGCAGAACGUCAGCCAAUCGCUGCGCCGCAAGUACGCCCCGCCCCCCUGCGCCGCCCCCGAGGACCUGCCCCUCGCGCCCUGCGCAGCCGCCGCCGCCGCCGCCGCGGCAGACCCCGCCCCCUGCGACGCCGGCCCCGCCCCAAUCUACGUCAAGGUCAAGAGCGCCGAGCCCGCCCCCGGCGCCAAGGACGGCUACCUCGUCUGA